CGAGAGCAUGCAGUAGGAACUAAAAACUACUCCGUAGGUUGUGAUUUUAAUUUGUUCAACCACUAUCUUCCCGCAGACGGUCGUCGUAGUUUGAUGAUAAGUCGGGAAGUCGCAGUAUUAUUCAGUUCCAAGAAUUUGUUGAAAUAUGUGCUUUGAAGCUUAGUUUACCAAUGAUGUUGGUUCACAUUUAGACACAGAAUCACUGUUGUUCAGGUUUAUACUCGGGAAGUAAAACUGCAUUCAAGUCAAGCGGAGAAGCAUCUCGGUGAAAAGUAACAUGGCGUUAUCAUCGGCAGUGAGCUCGGAACAACUUGCAGUCUUUAAAAGAGAAUUAUUGGAGCUUUUACAAGCAAACGAUUCUUCCCUGGACCUUGCGACCCUGCAGGCAAGCUACUGUAAAAAGUUCCAAAAAAACAUCUCCGUGAAGCAGUAUGGCAUUACGUCGAUCAAGCAUAUCGAGACAUUGUUUGGAGAUCUUAUGGGAGUUGUCAUCGACGAUAACAGACAAUUUUUGAGGCUGCUGAAGCUGCCAGAGUCCGAAAUGUUUUCAAGUAAUGAAUCUGUCCGUGCCGUGGAGCCGAGAGGUUUGUCAGAACAGGAUGUGAAGAGACAGAACUUACUGGGUGAAGUCGUGAGACUACUCCAGCAAAAUCCAGAGGGAGUUACUAUCGGGCAACUCACAAGUAAGUACCGGCUGAUGUUUGGCAAGGAUAUAAGGAUCGCCUUGAAGUCCUGUGGAAUAGCUCGGACCCCUGAUGCCCUCGCCACUGCUUUUGGGAGUCUUUCUGUCCACACAAAGGAGAAGACAACGUACACGGAUUGGUUACAGCUGAAGCAGGACUCGGUAGGGGCAUCUGAAAAGCCGUCUCGACGGUAUCCAGUAGGUGCAGAUAAGCAACAGCUAGACAAGGUAUUUGAAAACAUACAAAAUCUCAUCAAGAGGAAAAAGACGGGCAUUCGUUUGAACAUGGUCUCUAAGAAAUACAAAAAAAGUUUCAACUGCUCUCUAAACAGUUAUGGGUUAAAUAACGGUGGCCAAGUCGCAAAAAUGUUUUCUGAUGAAUUUGAGGUCCAAGCUAUCCCAAAAACAAAAAGAAAGACAAAAAUUUACCUGAAAGAUGCGGAGAGAUUUGAGGAUUCGGGAUCCUUGGAUGAUGGUGACGACAGUGAUGAUUCAGAGAGUUCAGAUUUGAUGUCCAAUUCAUCGCUACCCAUGGUUGUCAAAGUUGACAAGAAUGCAGUACAUCAGAGGUCUUUAAUGAGCUCCCCAACACCAAAGGUGAAUGUUAACGCAAAACGAGAUGAAUUGAAGAAGGAACUUAUCGGCCUAUUGCAGAUUUUUCCAGAAGGAAUUGGCCUGCAUUGCCUUCAUCGGGCUUACGAACAGAGAUACCCGAGGCCUUUUACACUUGAAGGUAGCGGUGUUGACAGCGUUGCUUCCCUGAAUGUGGCAUUCAGUGAUGUCUUUGUUGUAGUCAGCCAGUGCGAUGAGCUGAAACACAAGUUUGUCCGCAUCAGACAAUCAGCAGAUGUCAACACUGUGUCAGGCCUAAAGAAAGGAAAAAAGUCUGAACAAAUUAGAAAGAAAAUCGAAGAGCUGCUCAAGCCUUACCCAGCUGGUAUCGCUUUCUCAACUCUUUCCCAUAAGUACUCUCAGCAAUAUCGUCAAAGUGCACCCAAAAAUAAAGUCAUCAUGGAGACCUACAAGAAUGACUUUGUUUUCUUCAGCAAGUGCAACACAGAAGGGCAUCAGUUCUUAAAGCUGAAGCCAAAUUGGUCUCUGACUGGAACCUCCUCCAAGGCUAAAGCGCAACCUAAUUACAGUGCUGCCCCCAGUACAGGCCCUCUCCAGGCUGUCACUGCCAGGCCUCCACUGAGCUACUUUGGCCAGAAUCAUCAAUAUGGCCAAGUUUCUGAAAAUGUUGCACAGGUACAUGUAAAUGAAAACUAUUCUGGUAGACCAGGGGUGUUGGGUGGCUAUCCACCUCCUCUAAUGGCCUCACCCCUGCUCCAUGCACCAAUUGUUGAACCAUAUGAGCUGCAGAGAAAUCCACACAAAGUCAAAGUCGCUCCACAACAUGAGUACAGGGUGGUGCCUACUUCCUGGUCUGGUGACCUACAUCUUGAAACUGAGCGGUGUUUGCCAAAAAGACCAGCAGCAUCAUUACAACUUGAGAAGCAGCAGCAAGAGGCUAACUUGGAUGCAAAUUCCUGGCCUGUUCUUGGGAGUUCAGAUUUGACUGUGAAUAAAGCCAGAUCUCGGGUACAGGAUGCACUUGCAAACCUUUACAAAGAUAAUGCUGCCGUGAAACGGAAAGAGGAACAUUCCAAGCAAAAACAACCAGCUGAAAAGCGGCAGAAGAUACAGCCAAAACAGCAAGUCGAGCAGCAAUCUGUCAUACCAAAACAGAAGGAACAACAGCAACAACCUGUACGCCAACUUAAGGCAGCUCCGAGACAAAAGAUCGCCAAGCAGCAGGAUCCAAACCAGAGCAGGGAAGAUGCUGCAGCCGAGAACAUUAUUACUAACCUAGCGGAAGCAAACGAACUUGUGACGGUCAGUCGUGUCGUGGAACUUCUAAAGCAGCAGUUCCAAGUGACAAAUCUGAGAGGGCUUCGAGUUAACAGAGAGACGGACAUCCCUUCAAUUAAUCAGUUGGUAAGGCUCCAGGCAAAAGUCAAUGCCUUUAUUCAGGCGUUUGUCAAAGUCCGGGCUAUUUGCACCCUCUAUGAGCUCAAGGAAUGUCUGGCCAUGGUAGAGGCCCCAUUUGACUGUACUGACAAGCUCGACUAUUCUUCCCUCGAGCUUGGACCGUUGGUCAAGCAGCGACUCGUCUGGGACUUCUUCAAGUUUCCACCAACCAAAGAUGAUUCUGAUAUCCCUAAAAUCACAACUUUGGACAUCCUGGAGAACUUGAGGGUCUACCUGCAAGUUAACAAUAUGUGGAGGUCAAAGGUCAAGCUGGAAGACUUCAUGGAGUACCUUAUCAAAGAGUAUAACGUGGAAGGACCUUGGGACUUGGGAGUCAAGAUAAACAGCCUCGGUCUUGGCAUUGCGGCUAUUAAGACGGCCCAACGAGAGCAGAAGAACGUCAUGGAUCAAGCUCGCAAGGAAAUAAAGACACGCAUGAAAGAUGACGCAGAAGAUGCCAUGGAAAGAAUACGAAAGGCUGUGAUGUCACCAGCGGACAUCACAGGUCACGAGUUCACCCCAGGGCCCCAGCUUGAGCUGCGCCAUCGCUACGUCAACAUGUCGGCUGCGGAGGCCAUCAACUCCGUCUUCACCAAAGCCAUCGAGCUGGUGGAAUAUGACCGAGAUUUACAUCACUUCUGUCUGUCGCUGAGUAAGGUGGUGUCCAAACCGCUGAGCUGCUCUCUGUUUCAGCUGGCACUGUGCACUGGAGACCUCAAAGAGCCAGAGGACCUUCCUAAGGGCUUGCUGGAUUCUGACUCUGAAGAAGAAUAUGAUGAUGAUGACGAUGACUAUGAUGAAGAGGACAAAGGACCUGAUGGCGACAGGAUCACCUCAAAAACUCAACCAACUGAAGAUCAAGUGAAGCAAGAGCUAGUGUGUUAUUUUGAUCGCCUGCAGCAUGGCAUUCCAAACCUCAAAGACCUUGCACGCAUUGAGACUAAAGUCUGUCAGCAUUUUGGCUUCCAGAACUUCCUAACCCUCAGUCGAGCCAAAAAGACAUUCUUGGAGUUUCUCUCAAUUGAUCACCCGGGGAUACUCGAAAGCAUAGGCGGUACCCUGAUGGGUCUGGCAUCAGGGAAACCCAGCCAGGGGUCUGUCUAUCGACCCUCCCGCUUGGACCUGGUAGAAUUCAUUCGACAGUGCGACCCACACAAGGAGUCUCAAGACACUCUAGAUUGCUGCCUGCGUGCUCAUUACCAGGUCGGCACUGUGGAGGAGCUUGGUCAUGGACCCGUCAAUCGUUUGAGUCAACCGCUUAUCAAGAUGGCUGCUACAUUAGGCCGGCAUUAUCAACAAGACUCUAAUGCAGUCAUCUAUGAGACAGCCUUAUGUGCUGCUAAUAGGAGGAAUGAAAGCAAGAACAAGGAGGUCGGGUUGUUUGGUUCGCAGCGAGUGGACAGCGCCCUCUUGUGUUUACAGUCUGCCCCUCUACUGGAGGACCUAGCCGAGUGGUCUCAUUGGACGAUGGUCUUUGAGCCGGAACACGGAGACCUGAAAGCAUUUCUUGAGAGUAACCUGGGUCUGACUCUGUCUCCACCAAUCAAAAUCAAUGCUUUGGAAGUGAGACCAGGAGUCCUGCUUCGAUUGGCCACGGAAACGUCCAACGAUUUGUUCGCCGCUGCUGCAAAGAGCGGUGACAGUGUCAACACCGUCGGCCAUCUUGUCUCUCUGGUAGUGAAGGAUGGUCCUCGUAACAUUCCCUUGGCAUUGCUUAGCAACCACAUGGAGACGGCUCUGAAUGUGAUGGGUGUUGCCUCAGAUCACAAAGAUGUAGUUGGAUUCAUCUUGGAAUGCCUCGAAGCUGUACCCUUGCAAAUUGGUCAGGCUGUAGUAAGACAGGUCUUCCUAAAUCCACUUGUGAAUGUUCUUGGGUCAGAGGUCAAAUCAAGGCAGUUGAUUCUUGCUUCGUGCAAAACCACAAGACAGAAGAGCAGAAUCCAGAGUCUGGGGCUCCUGCUGGGUAUCAGCCAAUGGAAAGACAGCUUUCUGGAGCAGAGAAUGCCCCGGAACAUGGAUAACCAGCAGGACUUCUCAGGAGAUGAGGAGGAAGAGUUUGACGUCAAUAAUUUCUUGUCAUUAAAGAAAUCGCAUCAAGCUGAAGAAAGACCUCCAAAGCAGAAAAGUGAGAACGUCUCUACUCCUUUAGUUGAUGAUGACGUGGAAACAACGCCUUCAGGUGAUGAGCCAGGAGACCAAGACUCCGCCAUGGUUGUACAAGAUGAAGAACCUGAGAAAGAUGUCAACGAAGAUGAAGAUACUGAGAUGGUGGAGGCAGAGAUCCAAGAGGAGGAUAAGGAGGAGAAAGAUGCAGAGAUUACGAAUGACAAUGAGGAGGAAGAAACGACGGGCUUGAGAGAAGAAUUGGAAGGCGAGUGUCCUGAAACGUCCUCAACAACCUCUGAGAAAGUCACUUUGGAGUCGGAGGACUCGUUGGACGCCUUGUCAGAUUCCUUGAAGAGUGAGACUGAGCUUCCCGAAGAUGUUAUUCCUCCUGUACAGUUGACUCCAUUUCAAGAAUCAGUCUUGGACUGUAAGAAGAUUGUGGACAGCAUCCGCAAGGAGGAAUUUGGCAUCGGCAUGGAGCUGGAGGAAGAAGCCCAAGGUCUCAUGAUCCGCCACCAAGAGCGCAUCGGUCGCAGCUUGAAACGCCUGUCCGAGGAACUCUACAGCAAAGACACGCAUUUCGUUCUGGAGCUGAUCCAGAACGCCGACGAUAACGACUACUUGGAGGAUGUGGAACCAUCUUUGGUGUUUGUGGUGGACAGGUCAGAGGUCAAGGCUUUGAAUAAUGAGCGUGGAUUCUCAGAAAGUAACAUCCGCGCCUUGUGUGAUGUCGGGAGGAGCACAAAAGGAAAACACAAGAGUGGAUACAUUGGUCACAAAGGCAUCGGGUUCAAGUCUGUGUUCCGAGUGACGGACAGACCAGAGAUAAUCUCCAAGGGUUACCAUGUAUGCUUUGACCAUAGCAGUGAUCCGAUGGGUUACAUCUUACCAACGUGGGUGGGACCUGGCGAUAUCGAGGAAAUCACUCAGAUGGAUGAGCCGUCCCAAGUGUGGACAACCCAGAUCAAGCUGCCACUCAAGGGAGAUGUGCAGAGAACUACGAGUCUGGUUAAUAAGUUUGCGGACAUCCAGCCCUCGCUACUUCUGUUUCUCAACCGAUUGCGCUCUGUUACGAUUGUGAACACGGAUGACAAUAGCUCCAGUCAUAUGAGCAGAAAGGAUAUUAGAGAGAAUGUGAUUGAGAUUCGUCAUUCUAAACACAGCGACAGGUGGCUGCUUACCAAGAAACGUUUGAAUGCUUCCAAACUUCAGCGCAUACAGAUAGAAUCAACAGAGUUGGGUCUUGCCUUCCCGUUAUCGGAAGGAAUGUCAUCUGAGCAGAACGUCUUUGCGUUUCUUCCUCUAAGAAGCUAUGGCUUCCACUUCAUUAUCCAAGGUGACUUUGAUAUCCCAUCAUCCCGCGAGGACGUCGACGCCGAUUCAGCUUGGAAUCAGUGGCUUCUUGAGGAGAUUCCGCUGCUCUUUACGGAGGCACUUGACACUUUCAAGACACACUAUCACAGCGACCCGAUCAAGGCAAUCUGUCAAUUUCUUAAGUUUGUUCCGCUGGAGGACCAGAUCCUGACAAACUUCUUCAAGAAGGUUGCUUCCGACAUCCACAUCUUGCUCAAAAAGACUCCUUGUAUGCCAGUACUGACUGAAGAUGAAGAUGAAGUCACAUGGUAUCUACCCUCAGAGACCACCAUGGUGUCAGAUCGUCUUGUCCUUGAGGUAGUCUCAAGCAGCGUCUUGAAGGCUCAUCUCAACUGCUCUUAUCUGCAUCCUCAAGUAAUGAGCUCCAUCGAGCCGGUCCUCUUAAAGAGACUCGGAGUGAAGGUGCUGCAGACAUCGGAGCUGUUGGACAUCUUGAGUAGUGUGGUGCUAACGUCCAGACAGUCAGGAGAAGUGCUUCAGCCCAAGAGCAUCGCUCAAUGGCUGACUUGUGUCUAUUUAAGUCGUAAGCGAGAGUACGACAUCUCAGAGGAAACACUUCAGCGCCUCCGCGCCAUCUCCAUGAUCCCGUUGUCAUGUGGUCAAAUCGUUGCCUUGGAGAAGGCCUCUGUGUUCUUCCCAAUCAGUGAGGAGGAUGACCAAUCACAAGGCCAGAUUCAGUCAGGUUCUAGCAAGCCCCUGAAGGCAUUAGAGGAAGACAUGUCAACAUUGGAUAGUAGACUUCUCAACAGUCUGGAUAAAGUUUCCAAUUCUCAGAUUGUGCAGAUGUUGGAAGAGCUGGGUGUGCGUCACAUCAGCCCUGGGGAGGUGAUCCAGCACCACAUACUGCCUGUCAUCAAGUCGGAUCAGUGGAAGGAGAAGUCGCAUGAUGUGAUGGUCGGCUAUGCAGUCUUCAUCAAGGACCAUCUCGAGAAGCAACCCAGUGUAUGUGACAUAGAUGAGAUUGCAGAAUGGCUGCACGUCGUAACCAAUCAUGGAUUGAUCAAACCCAGAGAUAGGCCGGUUCAUUUUACUGUCACGUACGGCAACAAGAUCGAUCUGAACAAACACUUACCAGGGUGUGACUGGGUCUUGUUAGACAGUCGCUAUAUUUUUCAUAGUGGUCGGCAAGUGACAAACACGGACAUCAGGCAAUGGCAUUCAUUCUUCAGUAAGCUAGGGGUCCUCAACCACCUAGCUAUCGAGAAAAAAGUGAUCACGGUGAAGGAAAAUGAACUGGAAGUGACACCCUGGGCAGACCUUGGUAAAUUCUGGUCUAAACCUCCGGGUGGCAUCUACAUGAUCCAUGACAGUGUCUGCCAAGAGUUAGAAGACUUAUUCCAGGCUGAUCUUGAAGCAUCGACCAAACAAACCCAGCGAAAGAAUCUAUUCGGAUUGCUUCAGCAGGAAUGGAGCAGUAGCUACGCAGGCUACACCGAUGCUGUUGUGUUCGACCAGGAAGGGCUGAAGAUCACCGAUACUCAGUCCAGCUUCAGUAUCCAGCUCCGUACGUCCUCCUGGCUUCCUUCAACCCCUGUCAGUGGGGAGAAGGCUGGGACGGUAUUCAGACGACCCGGUGAGGUCUUUGUUCCACAGGCUAGACUGAAGCAACUGCUGAGUAACCAUGUGCCGUACAUGGUGACUGAGCCACAAGUAGAAGCCUCGUUGCUGCAGUUCAUCGGAGUGAAAACAGCUGGAGUGAUUGAUCCCAACUUUAUCAUGACGAAACUCAAGACUUGGUGCCAUGAUGAGCCAUCUUCAGACCGGACCUCUUUCUGCACCUCUCUGCAACAUAUCACAUCGGUGUAUCAGUACCUUCACGAAAACUGCCGCCCCAAUGAGAUCAGAGACCUCUUUGAUGAUCAUAAGGUUGUAUUUACCUCUGAGGCUAGGCUAGACCCUAGAGCCCCCGUUCAAGGCCUGUUUGUCCAUAAAAACUUAGUUUAUUGGAAAGAUCCGUCUGGACUCCAACAGAAAUACAAAGGGUUGAAUAAUCGUAUCGAGCUCGGUGGCUUUUAUUCCCAUCUCCCUGAGCUUGAAAGUUUCUUUUGUGGAUUGAUCAAUGUUGAUGCUUUACCAACCAUCAAAGAGUACGCAGAGCUUUUGGUUCAGUGUGCGAGUGACAUCACCCUACCAGAUAAUGGAAGAAUCAAGGAAGAGAUCCUGGUCUUGUACAAAAUGCUCGGGCAGAAGUGUCUGGCAUCGCCUAGUGGAAAUAGAUACAAUCAGCAACAUGACAUGUUUGCUGGACAGCAGCAUCAGACCAACACAGCCUCUACUCAGUUCAUUAAGAGAGUCUUGGAAGAUCAGUCUGUAUUUCCUACAACCAGCAACAAGUGGGUGACUUUGGCCCAGAGACCUCUCAUCUGCGACAGUUCGUCCAGUGACCUCCAGAAGCUCUUUGAAGACCGGAGGGAGGUGCACUUGCUGAAUUUUGGCGAUCGGGAUCGUCUGGGUCGUGUUGUAGAUGGUGUUUAUAAACCUGGCACAAUGAACAGACAGCAUGUCCAGGUUUUCUUGGAGGCUUGUGAAGUUGGGAAGCUGGAAGAUUGUAUCAAAGAAGAGUUUAUCACCGAGCUGACCAAACCCUCCAUUCCGCUGCAACUCUUCCUCUAUGAAAUCUGCCCCUACGUUCAGCUCUACAUGAGCCAGAGCUCCACAAAAGACGUUCAGUCGGCUUACGAGAAACUGACCUCCGAGGUUAAGAUCGCUGCCAAGUUGAAAAUUAUGCGCUUCCUCGAGGCGAAGAAAAUUGAGAAGGUCUACCGCUACCAACACGACCUGGAUGUGUUUGCCAAGCAGACUGUCAACUGUGGACUCCAAGAUCUAAUGGAGUUUUACGUCGCCAUAUCCAUCUCAAAAAGUCUUCAGAAUAACAGCGACGUUCGCCGUGAAGUGGCGAAGCUCUUCAGCGUUGGGAGUAUCGAGGUGCAGAAUGCGUUGUUUAACUUCCUAGGAAACCUUCGUCUUGAGCUUGGAAGUAAGAAGAAAGCAGUCAAGGGGAUUGAUGAGAGCAUCUGUCGGGCCUUGAACCUGAACUUCCCGUUGGGUGAAGAUGCUGAGCCAUGGGAUGUACCCAAACCUGUCAUUCCAGUAGAUCCACCUAAAAUGGUGGUGAAGCCACUUCAAGUGAAGCCAGAGCCAGAAGUCAAGCCUGUAGCCGCUGCUGCACUAGAAGGUGAUGAAGAUGAGGCGGCCAUUUAUAGCUGGCCGCCCAAGUCUGGUGCCUUCGGCCCAACUAAUAAAAUAAGCAAAGGUGCACAACAACCUCCGAAAGAAGACUCUGUGCUAAGAUCUUGGCCUCCUCCUCCUCAGCGGCCAGUGGAAACUUUGCCGUCACUCCAUCCGCAAGGGGACCAUCAGUUCACAGAUGAGCAACAGCAACCUGCCGAUGGAAUGUCCCAAGAAGGCAUGGCAGCAAGUGUGAGGAUGCUCCCACGUCAAGGAAGCCAAGAGGGUGGUAUGCUGAUGCGAUCGGGGUCCAGGGAAGGCGGACAGGGAGUUGGACGAGGUGUGACGAGAGAUGGUUUGCCAGCGUCCCAGCAGCAUCAACCAUCAGGCGGAGAUACUCGACUUCCCCGUGCUCCAGAGUUUUACCAGUCUGUCGCCCCUCAAGCACAGAGCGUAGACAAAUCAGGAGUGGUAAAGGCUGAUGAGGAAAGAUACAACCGUACCUCUAGUGUUUCUGAAGACGAGGAUGUAGAUGAUGAUGACGAAGUGGGGGAAUUUAGUGUAGAAGGUACAGAUGAGAGUGACACCUCUGAGGACGAGCAAUUGCCAACAGAAAACGCCCAGUUUAGCAGCCCUCCACGGAUCCACUUCACAACGCCUCAAUCCUCCGGCACCCCUAAGAAGUUCUGUCUGCCUCAGCUCAUGGAUGGAGAAGCCGUCACCGUUGAGUUUGAAGACAUCCCGUACGGCACAGCACUCCAGCACAGUCUUGCAGAUGUGGACCUUCACCUCGGAGACGAUAGAGACAUGAGCGACGUCGGGCGUUGGGGAGAGAAGCUCGUCUACAAGUACCUGAUUGAGAUGGCGAAAGACGAUCCUUCAGUCACUGUCAACUGGAUCAACGAGUAUCAAGAGAGUGGAGAGCCCUAUGACAUCAUCCUUAACCAUGGCGACAGUGAAGUCUACAUAGAGGUCAAGUCGACCCUUAGGGAUCAGAAGGAGUUGUUUGAGAUCUCCUCAAGGGAGGUUGUCUUUGCGCAAGCGCAUCAGAAGUAUUUCCAUCUGUACAGAGUGUACAAUGUAGGGAAGACCUCGGCGGUAAGAUUGUGCCGCGUAUGCAAUCUGGCUGAUAGAUUAGAUAAGAAAGAAGUCAAACUGUUCAUGCUCCUGUGAGAAAACCAGAGAAGGGGAUACAGGGGCCGAUUUCACAAAGCAAUAACAUUCAUCGCAAGACAAAUUGUCAGUAUUACCAUAGUGAUUUGCAUUG